UGGGGUGGAGUUGUAGGGUGUGGUUAGGGACAGGCAGCCAGGGAGGAGAGGAGGAGUGUGAGAAAACAGAGAGAGGAAGCAAAGCAGAUAGAGGAGAGUAAGCUAGGGAUAACAUAGUGCCCAAAUACCGUAAAAGCUAAAUUGAGAGAAAAGCGUCCAUAGGGGAAUAUAAGGGGCAGAGGACUCCACCCUGCAACACACCCAGAGAAGGAGAACAGCAGAGAGCAAACGAGAGGCAGUCUGAACAUAGAAACCGUACCAAAUGCCCUAAAUAUACAGGGUGGCUACCAGGUCAGUUCCAUAGAUCGUACAUAUUGUAGGGACAAGAGGCCCACCCUGGGAACACCCACGAUAUGUGCUGAUAGAACAGAUGCAGGAAACAAGGUAGGGGACAGAUUUAGAUGUGAGCCCCAGCCGAGAAAUUUCCAAUUCUGCAGAAAAAUCACCGAGCUCUCACCAGGGACCAAGCGCUGCUCCCUGUAAACAACCUCUAUAUGUGCUGAGAAGCAGGGGAUGCGUUCAGACACACACACGACUUACAACUCCUCCCCAAUGAUGUCAUCCCAUUGCAAAUCAGCCACCGAGUCACCAACUCCUGCUCUCCUUAGUGACAUCAAGAUGGAGCCACCUGAGCAACUUUUGGACAGUGACAGCAGUCUUCCACAGGCAGAACCCGUGGACCUCUCUCUAAACAAGCCCAAGACUUCACUUCGUCAGUCCAUCACCCCACCUUCUUCCUCUCCUCUGGUCCUUGGGUCCUCUUUCUCCGCAUCCCCUUCAGUCGUUUCACUUUCUGGCUUAGGUUCGGCUGUCCCUGCAGUAUUGUCUCCUGGUUCUAUUUUGGCCUCAACGCAGGGCAGCGGUGGACAACAGAUACUACAUGUCAUUCAUACCAUUCCUUCUGUGAAUCUUCCCAGCAAAAUGGGCAGCCUACAGACCAUACCUGUAGUGGUGCAAUCGUUGCCUGUGGUAUAUACAGCAUUGCCCACAGAUGGAGUAACGGCAUCCAUCACUGUACCAUUGAUAGGAGCGGAUGGAAAGACAACAGGGAGGACCCAUAACUUGAUGUUACGGUCACCGGUGUCUGAAGUGGAAGACUUAGAUUCCAGGGUGGACAAGUCUCCUGGCAUUGGUUUAUCAACACAUACUGCAGUGAAAGCAGAGCCAGAUUCUCCAGUGGAGUUAAAUAGUGAUAGUGACGAGAGCCUCGUUGAGACAUCCACCUCCUUACAGGACACAACACAUGGGCCACGACUUCUACGAAUGCAACGUAGUGGUGCAAGCUCUCCUGACCUAAGGAAACGAAGGGUCCAUCAGUGUGACUUUGAUGGCUGCAACAAGGUGUAUACAAAGAGCUCUCAUCUCAAAGCCCACAGGAGGAUACACACAGGGGAGAAGCCGUAUAAAUGUACGUGGGAAGGAUGCACAUGGAAAUUUGCAAGAUCGGAUGAGCUGACCCGUCAUUUUCGGAAACACACUGGGAUCAAGCCGUUUCUUUGCUCGGACUGCGACCGCAGCUUCUCGCGUUCGGACCACCUGGCCCUACACCGACGGAGGCACAUCAUGAUGUGACAGAGUCCUGGAGUGCAGGGUAGCCUAGAAUGACUGAAAACACUUUAGUCUGUCACCCACUACUUUUUUGCUUCUCUGGUGGAUACAAUGCCUUCAUCGUCCACUGCGACUUGUUUGGUCUCUGUCUUGUCGUGAAAAUCUCUCUUUUUACCACAUACCUUCUCUUUCUUCUGUCAUUUUCAUUUCUAGUUUAUUUCAUACCCAAUUCAGAUACUCUUAGCUCUCCUUGUAUCUUAACACCUCUUUUUCUUUCAGUUUUACCUUUCCUCUAUCUACCCCUUACACUAGCACAAAAAGCACAGUAUUGACCUGCCCCAUCCCUCAUCCACCAGCAUUUCCCCAUCCCUCUGCUCCUUAAAGGAGUGUUAUGGACAAAAACCUCCUGACCUCACAUUACCCUGGAACAGUGAAAGAAGAGACACUUGUUUUCGAUUGUAGGUGCUCUGCAGUUAAUCCAAGAGGAUAGGAAACCUGAAUUUCAAACUCAAAUGCAUAAUGUGUUGAGCUUAAUGCUCAGUGUUAAAUGGGCAGCAAUGGCAGGGAUAAAUGUCUGAUGUGAUGAAGUCUUUUGUUGUUUAAAAUGUUGGAAAUAUAUACAUUAAUUAUGAACACAUUGACAUUUAUAUUGAUAUGAGUAAAGCAUCAAAAUGCCAGUUUCAUAGGGACUUUUAGCUCAGUUGGGAAUGGCCACUUAUUUACAUUACUAAUAAUUAAGGGACAUGAUUGAGUUUUUUUUGUUUUAAUUUUUAACUAUUUUUGGCUUCUUAUAACAGAGUGUUUUUUUAUACCCUGUUGAUAAUUACUUUGCAAUACGUUGUGUACACGUCUCUAUGGAUUUGUCUAAAUUUAUAGGGAGACCGUAUACAUGCCUGUGAAUUCUAGUGGCAGACAUUUUUAAUUGUAAUUGAUAUGGUGCCAUUUGGCACUUGCUUCUUCUGAAUUGAUUACUUUUACCAUACCAUUAGCAGUGAAGUGUUAAACGGUGUUGUGGCAACUUUUUUGUUGAAACACAAAAAAGGGUGGAAAAUGCGACUGCAGUCUUGCCCUUUUUUUCUACAUUUCCCCAUCCUAAAUAAACUGUCCUACAAAGCAAAUGUUGUUCUUCCUUUAGCAUUGUUCUCAAACAUUUACAUGGAAAGGCCUGUGAAAGCAAACAGAGAAAGGAACAAUGUAUUGGUUAGUUGUCUAUAUCAGCCUUGUAAUAGAGGUAAUUCACAAUCCGGAAUUAGACAGUAAUCUUAUGGAGGUAACAGUGACAAAAAUAUUGUCAUUGUUUGAAGCUCAUUUUAUAGAUUAAAAGAGAUGACUGAAUAAUUA